AUGGGGGAAGAGAUACGAACAGACGAAGAGCGUGUAACGGAGUGGGAAAAGGGUCUACCCAACUUUCACGAUCUCACUCCUCUUUCCAUGGCGUUGAUUCCACCGGAGCUAGCUUCCGCUUUCAGCAUCUCCCCGGAGCCUCACCGUACACUCAUCGACGUCAAUCGCGCCUCCCGCAACACUCUCUCUAUCCUCCGCGGCGGCGGAACAAAUCAACAAACGUUCUCAUCCAACAACGACGAGAUUAUCGAAGAAGAUGAAGAAAUGGAAGAGGAAACCGAUCGGGACGGUUCCGGUUCGGAUUCGCGAAAGCAUAGGAAGAUCGAUUCCGCUACGGAGGAAGCGGAUUCGGCGGUUAGAACAGAGACGACGCUGAAACGGCCGCGUUUAGUGUGGACUCCGCAGCUUCACAAGAGAUUCGUCGACGUUGUGGCUCAUCUCGGGAUAAAAAACGCGGUUCCGAAAACGAUUAUGCAGUUGAUGAAUGUGGAAGGGUUAACACGCGAGAAUGUUGCUAGUCAUCUUCAGAAGUAUCGGCUUUAUCUGAAGAGGAUGCAAGGUCUUUCAAACGAUGCUCCUUCUUCUUCUGAUCAUCUUUUUGCUUCUACUCCUGUUCCUCAGAGUUUGCAUGAAUCUGCUUCUGCUGUGAAUUCUCAUUCGCAAUCGAAUGGACAUGGGAACUCGCAUUCGCAUCAUUCUGUUACGAUUUCUAUGCCUUAUCCACCGCCGCCUCCGCCGAUGAUGUCUAUGCCUUUACUUGGUAUGCCGCCGCAUCCUCAUGGUCAUAUGGGAAUGGCUUUACAUCCUCCUUCUGGUUCUUCUUCUUACCGGUCGCAUCCCUUUAACAUGAUGCAUCAUAGGGAUUGGCCUCCUCAUCCUCACUCUCAUUCCCACCCUCACAUGUCUCCUAAUGAUAGUAAUAAAUAG